ACAUAUCGAUGUAUAUUUCUUACAACCUACCCGAGCUAGCUAUCACUGGCAGUGAUUCUCUGCUGUAAUAUUUUGAUCAUUUGCUGUAAUAUUUUGACAAUUUUCCGUGAACGAAAACGUCCCAAAAUCGAGUGAAAACCCAAAAGAUAAACACGCAUCGUCUAACUAAUCAUUUAUGACGAAGAGGAGAAAGAACCAGGACCAGUGACGAAGAGGAAAAAGAAGCACAAUAUUUUUCUUGUCGUUUGGCCGUAUUUCGAUAAUUAUAAAGAUGGUGAUGAUGAAGAAAUGUUGUUGUUUCGCCAACACGGUUAGCGGCUCAAUAGCUAGCGGAGUGUUCUCUGCGAACUACAGCGCCAUCCACUUUGUUUGGACCGGAUUUCAGUGGUAUCAGAUUUCACAAACAAACGGAGCUGAAUUUUCUCGUUACGGUGCCUAUGCCGCUGACAUCAUUGACGUCAUUGCUCUCAUCUGUCUCGCUAUCACAUCUGUCCUUCUCAUCUACGGAGUCGCAGAGGACAUGUGGAUGUAUCUCAUCCCAUAUGUUGCGACCAUCCCAGUCCUGCUCGUGCUCCAGAUCAUUACUUGGAUCGUCCGUAUAAGCGUCACGGCUUUUUAUGCAGAUGCUAUGAUAUUUGGUUUCAUUGUCUGGAUCUUCCUCCUACCAGUUCAUAUUACCUGCAUAUUGUGUGUAGUCUCACUACUCCAGGAGUUUCGCACAGAGACCGGAAAGGAAGACAUUGAACAUGACAUCAUGUACUGAAUAAAUGAAUGUAAAUGUAUGUAAAGACAAACCAGAUAACGGUUCGGAUCCAUUCGAAGAAAUUUAUAGAUCAAAACUGAAACUUUUGUUUUUAUCGUGACAUCCCUAUAUGUAAAGAGAAAUAUAUAUAUAUACACACAUGUACAUCAUGAUUAUGCAUAAUCAUAUACGUAGGCAGACUGCAAUGGAAUCACCACCCAUCAAUUCAAAUUUAUACACUGAAAAGUGUCGACGAACCGUUACUUACAUGAAAUUCGGAAACUUCGAUCAAAACAUAUUUGAUUUUGUAUCAGAACUAAACAUUCAUUUGAUUCAUCUGUUUUUGAAAGCCAAUUUAUUUCAAAUUUUUGGAACGAUUUGCGUACUUGAUUGACUUCAAAAUAUAUCCGACCAUAUAAAUUAUCCAGUUUGGAAAUUUGCUGUGGAACUUUGAAAAGCGAACAAAAUAUUUUUAUUUGGUGUAUACCAUAAUAUUAUACGUCAAAUAUUUCAUUUUCUCGCGUAAAUAUAUCAAAUUAAUCUCUCUUUUCAAGUUGUUUGUAGGCACUUAAUGCAGUUAUAACAAGCAGAACACUAUAUUAUCUUUCAAAUUUAAUCGAUCCGAGUGGAAUAUUGUUAUUACUAUGAGAGAUUAUUGUAUAAUGAUCUAAAUUUUUUGAUGAAUGUAAAAUAAACAUGUAUUUGUUUUUGAGAUUAUCUAUUGUUAAAAUGUGAAUUGCAAAUAAAACUCAUUAAGAAUAAUAAUUAAACUGGUUUCACUAAAUGAUAAAUCCGUGUAUAGUGCAUGAAGAAAAUCAAAGUCGUGUAAUAUCAAAAUCCGGUGGGGCUUCAGCCCCCCCUCACUUUUUUAAAAAACCGUGUACAAAAACGUAAAAAAUUACCAUAUGAUUGUGAUUUUUUGCAUGGUAAACCCCCCCCACUUUUGGCUCAGCCCUCCCCACUUUGAAAACCGUUCCGCAGCCCCUGCAAAAAAAAAAAAACAACAGACAAGGAUAUCAGUUGAAUCAAACAACAAAAACAAGGAUGUAAGUUAAUUCAAACAAAAAACAACAAACAGGGAAAUCUGUUGAAUCAAACAACAAACAGACAAGGAUAUCAGUUGAAUCAAACAACAAAAACAAGGAUGUAAGUUAAUUCAAACAAAAAACAACAAACAGGGAAAUCUGUUGAAUCAAACAACAAACAGACAAGGAUAUCAGUUGAAUCAAACAACAAAAACAAGGAUGUAAGUUAAAUCAAACAAAUAACAACAAACAGGGAAAUCUGUUGAAUCAAACAACAAACAGACAAGGAUAUCAGUUGAAUCAAACAACAAAAACAAGGAUGUAUUAAAGUUAAAUCAAACAAAUAACAACAAACAGGGAAAUCUGUUGAAUCGAACAACAAACAAACAAACAAAAAACACACAAACAAAAAAAGAAGGAAAUCAGGUGAAUCAAACAAACACACAACAAACAAGGAAUUAUGUUGAAUCACAUAACAAACAAACAACAAAACAACAACAAACAGGGAAAUCAGGUGAAUCAAACAACAAGCAACAAACAAACAAGGAAAUCAGUUGAAUCAAACCACAAACAAACAAUUAUAUCAGUUGAAUCAAAUAACAAAUAGACAAGGAUAUCAGUUGAAUCAAUCAACAAAAACAAGGAUGUAAGUUAAAUCAAACAAGCAAACAAAAGAGGAAAUCUGUUG